AUGGUCAAACGGUAUCCCCGCAGAGUACUUCCUUCUAGGCUCUUCCGUCGACUGGGCGCGGAGCGUGACCCCGCUGCCGAGUCCCACGCUUCAUACGAAGUGCCUUUGUACACAAAUGCGGCCUACUAUCCAAAUUGGAGAAUCUAUCGCAAGGAGCCUCCCUCAUCUUUGCGCCUGGGAUUUAUCUCUCACGUGUUCUACGCUUUUGCCUGGGUGAAAGAUGAUGGCACUGUCUAUCUGAGUGAUGAGUGGGCUGAUACCCAAAUGCCCGUUGAUGGGGCAGAAGGUUGUCUUAGAGCCUUUGUCCAAUUGAAGCAACAGUACUCUAAGAUGAGAGUCAUUCUCUCUGUUGGUGGUGGGGGAAAAGGCAGUGAGAACUUCGCCGCUGUAGCCAACAGCCGCUCUCGGGUGGACACUUUCGUUCGCACUGCACGGGAAUUGGUGGAUCAAUUUGGAAUUGAUGGGAUCGAUAGUAAGGCCGCGUUAUCCUUUUUGAUUCUGACAACGCAAAAGCAGAUAACUUAUUAUAUACGCUAUGUAGUCGACUGGGAACAUCCUUCUGAUUCCAAGCAAGGGAAGGAUUAUGUUCGUCUUCUCGCCCGUCUGCGGGAAGUCCUACCCGCUCCGCGAUACGUCCUUACUACCGCUCUCCCUGCUGGCCAGUGGGCAUUGCAAAACAUUGAUCUUGCUGCGGCACAAAAGUAUCUUGACAUGAUAAACCUUAUGACCUACGAUUUCGCUGGACCAUGGGAAUCCCAGACGGGCCAUCAGGCUCAGCUUCAUGGCUCGGGUAUAUCUGGUGAUUCAGCGGUUUCUUACGUCGUAGGGCAAGGAGUGUCCCCUAGGAAGAUCAUUUUGGGUGUUCCAGUUUAUGGGCGAUCCUUCUUGGGUAGCAACGGCCCUGGUCAACGGUAUACUGGACAAGGUGGCGAGGAUGGUGUUUUUGACUAUCGCGAUCUGCCGCGACCGGGGACACAAGAGUACUACGACAGGAAUAUUGGUGCGUCAUUCUGUGUUGGAGCUGAUGGUGGUUUUGUCACAUAUGAUACCCCAGAGACGGUAAAACAGAAGGCGGAAUUUGUUACCUCGUCGAAACUGGGUGGAUUGUUCUACUGGCAUGUCUGCUCUGAUGCCCGAGGGCCGCGCAGCUUGGUUGAAACGGGAUACAACACGCUGCACGAGAUGUAA